CUUUAUUCCAAUCCUCUAUCCUCUUUUUUCCCCUUUUUUGUAAGGAAGCUUUAAGAGACUAACAAUAUCUUCGUAAACACACAUACUAGAUAUUUGUUGAAAUGAGCCGAAACGAAAGCUCAAACAGUAGCUUAAAAAGACCACCGGAGAAAGAAAGUGAUGAGGAAGACAUACCUGGAAUUUCCUCCAAAAGGUUGAAAAUGGGGUUUAGGCCCUCAAAGUGGCUGAAUUUUUAUUCGGUUGAGCAAAACUUACGGUCUGAAUGGGAGUUUGCAGAACACAACACCCAAGUUUUAUUCUAUAAAUGCACAGGAAACGCACUCUCUUAUUACAACAAUAAUUACAAGCUGCGUGGGUUUAAGGAAAACUGUCGCAAAACGUUGCUUUUUCUUAAAAAUCACAAUUUGGUAGUCUCAAAAUCUGACCAUAACUGUAGCCAAACAAACGCUAUAUUCAAUAAAUGUGAGCAGAUUACGGAUAUUUUAAACAAAAAAAGUCCCAACCCGUUCCGUAUCUCGUCCACUAAAAGCAAUCAUGAAGGCGAAAUAAUUCCUACAGGCCGUUUACUAUUACAAACAAUUAGUCAAACAUGUUACUGCGGAUUUGUGGUGUUUUCUACUCGUUGCUCUCCAGUAGUCAUAAAACCGUAUACAGACCCAUCAGUAUUACAGCUAAAUGUAACUAACAAGGUCCCAAUGCCUUUGUUUGUCAUUUUGCAUCACGCUGAUUCUUUUCUGCCUCAAAAAACGGGUUGGUUUCCAUUGGUUCUUUUAAAUCAUCCAAAGCCCAUUGAUAGAUUAUUUAUCUCUAAAAAAAUCCAACCAUCGACUCAUAUUGUGACGCCAAAAAAUCACUAUGUUGCCGAAAGAAAAGAACCUGGAGAAAAAGGGAAAAAUGCCGCAAGGUCGAAUACGCUCAAUAUAAUCUCUGACGAAAUCAUUAUUCAAAACGUAACAAACAAAGUUAACUCUAUAUAUUUUAAUCAAUGGAUCAACUUGAACGAAGCUGAGAAAGAGGCUGGUGUUAAUUCGUUUAUAGACAGUCUAAGAAACAAGUAUAAAAGUCUUCCCCAAGGCGUGUUUUCUUCGGUCCAAAAAGUACUCGAACAGUCUAUCUACGAUAAAAGCAAAAUACCUAGCAGUAGAACUUGGCUUACGGCAAGAUGGAAUAGGAUAAAAAAAAAUAGUCAUGAUUUUGAUCUAGAUUAUUUCUUAUCUCAAUUCAGUGACUAUUUGGCUUCACGAAUCCAAGGUACCUCUUCCGAGGUUAGUGAAUCUAGUGCCCUCAAACCAGAAGAAGAAGAUGAUGAUAAUCAAUCUGACGCUGAUGGAAACGACACAUUUUCUUUGGCUGAAGAAAAUAUAACAGAAGAAUACCGUACCUGUACUAUGACCUUAAAAAAAGCUCUGUUACCAUCAAUCGACUACGAGUUCUUCAAAAACACCAUCCAAGAAAAACAAAUCGAGGUUCACAACAUAGUAGCUAGUAUGCAAUAUGUAUUAGAGAUUCUGAAUAACUCCUUGCUGAACGGAAGUUUCAGUUUAUGCUUAAAGUCAGAUGACGCUAGUAGUUUUUUUGAUUAUUCUUCCUUGGGGUUAGGAAAUGAACUGGGAGAAUCCGCUUCUGAUCAAAUUGCCAUUAUAAAAGAGGAUGUGCAUCAGAUAGUUAAAUCGGAAAACACUUUUUCGCCACAGUUCUUUUACCAGAUAAUGUCUUCUUGCAUCGGCGACAAGAAAAAAGAAAGAAUAAAAUCACCUAUAAUUGAUUUUUUAGAUCAAAAUAUGGACAAGGCAAAAAAAAUAGAUUAUAAAACCUCGGCUUUGACUGGAUCUGCCUUAAAAAAAGUACAUACUUCAUAUAAGAAUAUGUGGACACUUGAUCUUUUUAAAAAGGAUUUAAGAACCGUCAUCAACACCGUUUUACGCAUUCAUUUUGCAAAAAACAGGUUUAGAAAAUCAAAUUUGGAGAAGCCAAAGGAUGUGAAGGAGUCGAAUAUCAAAAUCAAGAGUUACAAAUCACUAAAAAAGAGAAUGUUAAAGCGUCUUGAGUCCGAAGUUUUAAAGAGAUCGAAAGGGAGUAUGCAUGUCUUGUCACAACUCGUAGAUUACGUUUUCAAUUCUAAAGACACCUUGAUCAGUGAGCCUCUACCCAAACACUCAUCAGUUUCUGAAUCCUCGGAAUUCCCAACUGAUAAUGCUAAAUCAAUAAUCGAAGAUGGAUCUGAUCCUCUAUCUGAAGACUCAAAUACUAGCGACUUAAAUAGCAGCACCAUUAGGGCAUUAGCUGCUGUAAUAUCAAUGUUGGCUUGCUCAGACAAAAUUAGUCAUGCUGUGACGCCGGAGUACUUCAAGAAACAGCUUUAUGCGAAUAAGCAUGAUAUGCCUGACAGUGUAUAUAUUACCUGCUCUAAACUAGUCAACGCUUUACGUCCGAUAUGUUUAAAAAGAGGAGAAAAUGCUGUUGCGUCAAAUUGUAUACAAAUGAAGAAGUUGCGAAAUGUCAUUGUUUUGUACGCGAGUAAUUGUGGAUAUCGUAUCAGUCCUAAACAGCUAAACUUGUGUAAUGUAUCCCAUUAUGAUGAUAAGGAAUAUGAAUCUAUCCAUGUUACUUCCAAAGGAUUGUACAGUUUGUUUAGAGCACACUAUCAUAUGUUUCAAGAAGAGACCGAUAAUUCCGUUCGUAAAUUUACAAGUGUCGCAAGUACAAGCUCUAAUGAAAAGGAACUGUUUCGAAACUUUUUCAAUGUAGACUACUUGCUAAAAAGGUUUAAACAACAAAACCUUGAUCCAGUGUGGAGUUUUGAUUAUGUUAACAUAUACAACAUUUCUUUCUUGGGCAAGAGAACUGUAAACAGUCAAACAACCACUCUUAAAAGUAGCUUUGAAAAAAGUAAGCCACAUGAAGCUACCACUCAAGAAAAAGAGGACGCAAAAAAACUAUCAGACGAUAUUAGAACUGAUAAAGCAAAGCUCAAGAAUCUUUCCUCUACGUUAAAAGUACUAGAAAUCAAAAGGCUACAAGAGGCCAGCGCCUUUAGAAAAGAGGAAAAAAAGAACGGGUGGAACACAGUGCUCUACAGGGAGCUCAAAAAGGCAAGAGCUGAAUUCAACAGCACAUACAAAGAAAUCGUUGACCUUGAAGCUACAAUUCGACAGAACAGUACACAAUUGUAUGAGCUUAACAAGUUAAUAUAUAACAAAAGAGGCGAUACAAUGAACAAAAGUUCAGAUUUAGAAGAUGUUGUAUCCAAAUUACGUUUUAAAGACGCGUUGGAAUCAAACAGACUUGCUAUCAACGGGAUUGAUCCAGGUAUACAUAGUACAGCUCUGGCUAAUUGCACCUCUGCCAAGACAAAUGUUAUUUCAAUUAAUAGAUACAGCGCUUUGAAUGGUUUAAUUGAAGCAGAGAAUGUAGCUUUAGAAGACGAUUAUAAAGCAAGUGUGUUGGAUAUUACACCAACUUUUCUGCGCGGAGCAUCCUUGUACAAAAACCAUAGACGCAAACGAGAAUCUAGAACGAAGAAGGGAAUUACCACCCGCCCAAAGCAGUUACAAAAAGAUCGUCUGACAAGAAAAAUACGAUCCGACAUUCUCUUAAAGAAAAUUAUAUCUAAUCAGCGGAAGCAAGUCAAGAGUAAGACUAUAGUCAAUUUUGUCGGAAAUUGGGGAGGAGAUGCUACUAAAAUCAAAGGCAUCAUUCGCUCAAGCUUGAAACCGGUGAUCUCCCGAUUAAGGGCAGUCGAAAAUGAUAUGACUUUGACAGUCGAUGAAUACGGCUCGACCAUCCACUGUAAUUCAUGCUUCAAAAAAAUGCGUCUCCAGUGCCAUCGUCGAGAUAACAUGUUCAAAAGAAUCAAAGGGGCACUAGCUUGCUAUAAUACAGAGUGUCCUGCAAGAUUGCAACGGCAUACUACCGUAAAUCGCGAUGCGAACGGGGCAAAGAACAUUGGCUUAAUUGGAUUUUCAAAACUAGUAUCAUCUGACGAUAAACCGUUGCCGCCGUUUUGUCGCUCUAAAAAAAGCAGGUAA